AAAGAAAAAUGCUGUGUAAGAGUGUUGUUGAAAUAUUUUUCCUUUCUGAUUUCAUUUUUCUACUUAAAAACCCUUUUCAAAUUAUGGCGGGAAAUGAAUCACGUGACACCGUGACGUAGAUUGUGAUAAUUUGUUAUUGCUGCUACUGGUAUACAGUGCAAUAUUAACGUUUACAACACGCUUCUAAACGAAUUCAGUUCGUCUGGACCUGUCGCGUUGUGUUUCGUAAACUCUCUAUUAAUGACAGGAAAAUUCCGAGUUAUCACAAUGUACGUCAUAGGGUCACGUGAUAAAAAGCAAAAUUGCGCCCCCUGAUUAGAAUUUUUUGUUCUAAACCAGGAAAAACUUACUUCUAAAUGAUGAUCUAUAAGUUAAUGACAAGAAAAGAUAGGGUGAAAAGUGUGUCACUUGUCCUUUAACAUUUGCAAGCCCAGAUAUUGGAAGCCUCGGUCCUGAAGCUUGCCUCGUUAUUGUCUUGUAGCCAUUCCGUUCAAGAUGGCGUCUUGAGGAAAGAUUAUUUUAACCUUGAAAAACAUACAAGAUAAGAUGGAUUAUGCCUCGACAUUACAAAUUAAGAUUCGGGAAAUCAAUCCGCAUAUCGUUUGCAGCCUCUGUGCUGGCUACUUCAUCGAUGCCACGACGAUAAUCGAGUGCCUCCACACAUUUUGCAAGAGCUGCCUUGUGAAAUAUUUACAAUCAAGCAAAUUCUGUCCAACAUGUAAUACGAAAAUUCAUGAAACUCAUCCUUUAAGCAAUAUUAGGCUCGAUCGCACAUUGCAAGAUAUCGUUCAAAAUAUAGUACCGGGGUUGUAUGAAAGCGAAAGAAAAAAGAAGAUCGAAUUCUACACCAGUAGAGGGCUACCAGUGCCAUUUACGGGCAACAACGAUGAUGCUCAAAGUGAUGAUGAAGAAAACCAUGGAAAAGACAAAACCACUACCGAUUUUAGUAACAGCAAGUCAUCGUACAGAGAUGACGAGCAAAUAACUCUAUGCAUUGGCGUUGACUCAAUGCAAAAAAGUUACGAAGAUUUUGCCGUUCCAGCUUUGCAAAGGAAAUACUUACGUUGCUCUGUAAGAGCCAAAUGUGGGCAUUUAAUUAAACUGUUACAGAAAUUGAUAAUUCCUCCGGAAGGGUACGAAGUACAUGUCAAAUGCAAUGGGGUGUUAGUGCCUCUUGAUAAAACUAUGAAAUUUGUUUGGUUGGCACAUUGGAGACAACAGAAGCAGCCGAUGGAUUUAUCUUACCUUUUUGAGAAAAUCAACUGAUAAGACUUUCAGCUUUAGAUGUUUUAGAUGUUUGAUAAAUUUGUGCAGAAGACUCCAAUGAUAUAUGAAACUAAAUAAAAAAUCAAUUUAUGUUAAGUUUGAAAAAAUAUAAAUUCUGGGCCUGGAUUGGAAGGGCAUACAGUAGACUCUAGUUAUAGUAACACCAAAUUUUGCUUGUAAACUUGUGACUGUAAACAGGGGUUUAAUGUAAGUGGAGCUAAAAUUAAAAGUUUUUGGGUCUAAGUUUUAUGUGACUGUAACCAGUAGUGUGACUUUCUGUGGAGUCAACUGUACAAUUGCAAAUAAAUUCACUCACACAAAUUCCCUAGAUAACAGUCAUUAUGGGUGGUAGAUUGCUUGCCUCAAUAAGUCAAAUUUGACCUUGUCAAACACAGCAGUGUCAUCAAAAGCCUCAAGAUCAUUGAUAGAAAAAGAGAUUUUGGACCAUGCCAUUUUUGCUGUGAGAAAAUUCCCUUUCAAGAACAUGUAAUGCAAUUUUACCAAUAGGGUACAUUUAUUUUGGUUUUCCAAAGACAGUCUCAAAAUCAUGAUAUCACAUCACAAAACGAAUACUUUAUUAAAGUAUUACCCCUCCUAAUACAUUUAUCUUCAAAUUCAGAUCAACCACAUAUCAGUUCAUUUGGUCUUUUGUACCUCAAUGGCAUGCAGUAACCACAUGCAAACCUUUUUUUCCUGACCAGGCCCUCAAGCAUUUUGAAUUUUUCAGUAGCAAUUAUAUUAUCUCAAGCAUUCCAGUAGCAAUAAUAUUAAACAUCUUUCAAGUUAUUGUUUUUUGCUGAAGAGAACUAGUUUAUAUUUCUUUAUUAAAUUUUUCUUUGAUAUUUUUCAUUAUCAGUUAGGUAAUUGUGUUUGUGUUUUGUCUGUACAAGUUUCAACUAAAUGCUGCUGAAUCUUAGGUGACAUCGUGCAAAAGUAAAUCUUGCUGGAUCUUCUUCUUAGGGCUUUGUUAUAGUCCACAAGUUUCUUCAAAAAAUAAAUCUACUGAAAUGGUAUUACAUUUAAUAGGAUGCUAAAGCCUGAAGUCAAGAACUAAGCAUGAACCCAUCUAUUCAAGUGAUAACAUUACAUCAUUUCCAGACUUGUAUAUGAUCUUUUAACCAUCAAGCCUAAUGAAAGCCUGUUUAAUGCUAAUGCCCCUACUUUUUUAAAUAUAUGUGAAAAAAUUUAAAAUUCUUCACACACUGUUGAUAACUAGCGGCCUAUUGAGUUAGGAAUAUCAAAACAAGUAGAUUGAAGAUUGUAUUUAUCAAUGCAAAACCACCAUAGACCAGAAAAUAGACUUGCAAAAGUCACCCUCCCCUCUUUGCAAAACAGUGCCUUCCUGCAUAGUUUUUUGGUUUUGAGUCAUUGAUUUGCCUUGCCUCGUCCAGGAGCGUCAAUUUACGUCAGAGGGUCCAUUAUAGGUUUGAUACAUCAUAGCCCCGACCUUGUCUCUACCUGCAGCCUACUGAUUCUGCAAUAGUUCACACACUUUUAUUUUAUAAGAACACACUUUAUAAGAACACUAAGGCUCAAUUUGCCCACAAAAUAAGAACAAGGCUAGAACAUGGUCAGCUUCAGAUGACAAAUUUAAGAAAAAACAAUUCGCAUUUUGAAGUUUUUGUCAUAUCAACAGAACAAAAAAUGCAAUUUAUAAACAUAAAAACAAUUUAUUUUUAAACUUUACCCAGCAAAAAGUCUUAGAAACUAUAUAGAGUAUAGUAUAUGUAACUUCUCAAAUAUUUGCAAAAAAUCACUCUUAAAAUAAGAACAAUUUUCAGAACAUUUGAGCCUAAAAUUAUUGAAAAGUUAAGAACAUCGAGGCUCGGCAAAAAUUAUAGAAAAGAGUGUAUCCUCUGCGAAGGAGGUAACAGGCUGGGAUGACGUUUUCAACGAAAUAAAUUUGGUCUAAACAGUGGAAUAUAAAGGUUAAUUUAUCUUUUUUGGUAACUGUAAGUUAAGAACGUCUAAAGUAGUAAAAUGAGCGUUUAUUAGUCAUGUGGCGUCCAAUUAGCUCCAUGUCUGUAUAUAGAUAUCUUGAUAAAAAUAAGGCAAAACCAAAUCAUAACGGUAUCGGAAUCUUAUUUAGCAAGCGAUUUACUAUCAAAACUUUAAGAAGAGACUUUCGUGGUACUCAAACUAUA